AUGGCCCGUUUAAGCAUGAGUGGAGGUUGGUUUCCAUGGAAUAUCGCCGAAGAAAAUCAUACAGAUCAGAGCCAACUUACUGAAAUGCAUACCGAAGCACCAUGUGCGAAGCACGAACAGAAUGAAGAUCUAGAACCUUCUACAGAGAAAGAAAGUCAAAACCAACUGUUACGAACAAGAGCAUCAAUGAUCUCUCUACCUUCCCUCAACACAGGCGCAUGGUUGAAUUGGUCGAGCAAAGCCGAGACAAGCUCUUUGGCUGCCGACAAGAAUGGAAAUGAUAGCAAUGGAGUUGAAGGUGACAACGGAGUUGGGAGUGGGAAUGGGAGUGGCAAUGCAAGUGGAAAUGGCAAUAGCGGAGAAAAUGGUAAUAGAAACGGAAACGGAAAUGGGGGAAACGGUAAACGAAGCGGUAAAGAUGGAAAGAGGAGCAAGCUGAAUAGGGACAAUGAAGAUGAAGAUGCAGAUGACUAUCUUCCAGAUGAUAAUGGUGACGAAGUCGAGGAAAAUGCCUCCCAGGGCUCUCGCAAGAAGCUGUGGAGUUUUUGGUCCUCUCUGGAAGAGGCACCAAAAGAGAGCAAUCAUCCAUUUCCUGUUGCCAAUACCAUUUUUAAAUCGACUCCCACAUUUCCAGCUCAAGAAGACACACAACAAGGAGGUAAAAAGGAUGAUGUGGUUUCUAAUAAUGAAGCAGGCGACGACGCGGUUCUAUAUAAGCCCCACAACAGUGCCAAACAAUUCGACAAGAUCAAUACUUACAAGAAUGAAAACCUUAAGGAGAAUAUCAUAGUUCCACAAUGGGAGUCGUGUCUCCCAGCCCUGGCAAAUUCUAUCAAUGCAUCAACCUCUCAACAAGCGUCAAUUGUGAACCCAAGGAAUGUACCAUUCGAUCUCAAGAAUUGGAGAGGCUACCUCUCAUACAUUUCAUCACGUUUUGGUUUUGGGUCGACAUCUAGUUCUUCUGCUCAAUCUUCCCAAUCCCCUUUAGAGAAGGAAUUCAAAUCUUUGAAUGAUCAUAGUUAUCCUCUCUAUGGAAGAUCACUUAACAGGCUUCCACCAUUGAAUAGAGCGUGUUUACCAAACUAUAUCUUCUAUCAUAGACCUGAAAGUGAUGCUUCCAGUUCUGAAGGAAAACAUGUUCUUGUGAGUGAGGAGGAGCAGAAUCCCGUAUCUGUCACAAGUGACAUGAGCGGGAAUUUGCUGAUAAAUCCUCCUGCUACUGUACCACCGUCUCCUAAUGUGACGGUUGUUAAAAGGCCGGUAGGCUCCUUGAAGAAAAUAAAAAAGAUUUUAAUCAUUGGAGUUCAUGGAUUUUUUCCCACUCGAAUGAUCCGGCCAAUAAUUGGGGCGCCCAAGGGAACAUCAUUGAAAUUUGCAAAUGAGGCAGAAAAAGCAAUUAUUAGAUACUGUUUGGAAAAUAAAUUGCUAAACGAUAAAGAGGAAUCUUCCAUAAGCAUUCAAAAGAUUGCUUUGGAGAAAGAGGGAAAGAUAUUUGAUCGUGUUACAUUUUUUGUUGACAUCUUGACAAAAUGGGAACAAGAGCUCAAUGAGGCAGACUUCAUCUUUGUUGCUGCACAUUCACAAGGGUGCGUUGUGUCUAUUAUUUUGCUUGCUCAAUUGAUUAAAAGUGGAAUUCUCAAGAAUGCAAUACAUAAAAGAAUUGGAAUUUUGGGUAUGGCUGGCGUCAACAAUGGACCAUUUUACGGUGUGGAUAAAUCUUUAUUCAUGAAAGCGUAUUCAGCAAUUGAACACGAAUCACUUUUAGAGCUUUUUGAGCUAAACAAAUUCGAAAGCCCACAAUCGGUUGCUUACAAGGAAUCUAUGCAAAUUCUAGUCAGCUCGAAUGUCAAGCUUUGUCUUAUUGGUUCCAUUAAUGAUCUGUUAGUUCCGUUAUACUCUGCACUCGCAUCACAUAUCUUUCAUCCCAACAUUUAUAGAGCUUGUUACAUUGAUCAUUCGACCAAUACUCCAGAAUUUAUUACGCGUCUUGUGUCCAUUUGUUGCCAGCUUCAAAAUCUUGGAUUUUUUGACAACAAUGUGAUACGAGAAUUGAGUGCAAGCUUGCCUGGCCCUGUUACUGGUGGUGGACACUCAAGGAUCUACAAUGAUGGAAAAGUCUAUAAUUUAGGUGUCAAAUUUGCUUUAGACACUGACGAUUUGGUAAUACCUAGCAUUGCUCCUGGCUACUUGUCAAAUGGUAAAGAAACAGAAAAUGAUGCUAUGGGUCCCAUUAACAAUCGUGUUUAUAUCAAAGAGUACAAUGUGAGCAAAAUCGGUACAAACCCCUUUAUAUUACCGUGGUGCGUUCGUGGACUCAUUUUUAACAUCCAAAAGAAUUGGGCCGAUACAUGGGGAAAGACUUGA